AUGACGCGAAGCGGCGGCGCCGGCGACGUACCGCGUCGGGACGCGCGGCGCGGGCGGACACACGGCGGCCCAGAAGCCUCCCCGCCGUCUCAGAGCCCCGUCGGGGGGCGGAGGAAGGCCCACCCAGCGGGCGUCGAGCUGCCGAGAGCGCUUCGGCCCUGGGCGUACGCAGCCGAGGCCCGCGGUCCUCACAGGAACUGCCCACCGACCUGCGCCGGCGUCCUGACGUCACAAGGCGGCGCCGCCGUCUCCGAGAGUGACGUAAGGCGUCCCAAAGGUUCCGCCUUCGUCGCUGGGAGUGACGUCGCACGCGCUCAAACAGGCGUGGCCAGCGGCUGGGGGCCACUGGACGCGUCGCUUGGCAACCGUGCGCGCUCCGCAGACCCCACGGAGCUCGGAGUCCUCGGUCCUGCCGCCGGGGCCGUCGCGCCCGCCGAGACGGGCUUUGCGCGCACCCUCGGCCGGUCCAGGAGGGCCGUCACGUCUCUCCGCUGCCCGCACCUCUUCGGGAGGGACGCCCCUGCCUCCGCCCGCCGCCCCUGCCGCCGCUUGCGCCGGCGUCCGCCAUCGCCCUCCCGCGGAAACCCUGCGGAGUUUAACGUUAGUACUUUCUCCAUUUCCCUCCGGGUGGAAACCCCCACCUGGCUGGCCUGGGCCUCCCAUUCCGGAUCGCAGUCCGUCUUUGCCCCGAAUGAAUUCUUUUUGCCGCGAGGACACCCAGCCGACGUUUUACUCACGUCCGGCGUAUUUGCGGCUGACGCCAGAGAGACCCCCACGGCUCCAGGGCUGGCGAGCAAACAGGUGUGGCGCCCACAGAGCCAUCUAAGUUAGCCGUUUUUCUCCAGGGCUCGGGGGCUAAAGGGCGUUUUUCUCGCGGACCUGAGCUUCUGCGGGUUGUGUUCUGAAGUUUUCCGGGCUUUAUUCAGGAUCUGUGCAGAAUCUUGGGAGGCUUCUUUUUUCUGUUAACAGGCCUUGUUUGGGCUCUUGCUGGACACUUUGGCUCGACCCCCUAGAGGGUCAGGCUGCUUGUUGGGACCGAUUCAUUGGUGCCGGCAGCGGCCUUUCGGACUCUAUCUGGAACCAUAUUGUCCCACUGAAACUGUCAUUCAGAUACCAGGUGGGGAGGAGGGACCCCUCCAAGGCAUGACCUCUGCCUGACCCUGGAGCUGGACCAGUCCGAAGGGAGAGUGUUCGCUUUAAACUGCCCCGGAGGCCGUCUGGAAAGAAUCAGCCAGCACCCCUCCCCUGCCUGGGGCUGCGUGCUGAUCCCAGAACAGUCAGUCCGGGAGUGUGACUCCCCUGUCCUGCCCUACCUGGUCAUCCAGCACCUGCGAGGUCGGUGUGGCGUCCACUCGCCCUGCUGCCGUGCCGCCAGAGGCCCGCUGCUUGUGAGAGUUCCCCUCAGGAGGCUUUUCCAGUCCUCGGACACCUCCGCUGGGGUCCGCUGCUUAGGCCUUCCCCUGGUCUCCCCGGGGGGUGGUGGGUGUUUGGCCUCCUGGCCUUUCCCUGGGGCCGAGUCUGAGGGCGCAGACCCCAGGCUCCUCCCCGGCAGCCGCUCUCCCCGGAACUGGCUGUUCGCCGACCUUCCGUGGCCCGGCUCUCCUGAAGUGACACGGUUUCAGUGGCGCUGGCCAGCACGGAGCCCGCUGGUUGCUUGAGCUGUUUUAGACUGUUUGGGCCCUUGCUGUAGAGAAAAGUCUGAAAAACAGGGUCGCAGUCUGAAUAUUUUCAGGGUGUCCCUCCUCCAGGGACCCCGGCUGAACUUACGUUUAGAAACCAGAGUCCCGCUCUGGCUGGUGUGGCCCAGCGGGUC